GGCCCCCGCCACGUGACGGCCGCGCGCCGGGCUCUAGCUCCCCGCUGGGCUCGCGCCGCAGAGGCCGGUGAGGCGCCGGCGGCCACGCCGCGGAAGGCGCGGGCCGAGCAGAGCCGGGCGUUGGAGCCCGCGCGCGCAUGGAGGCGUUGCCUGCAGCCCCCUGAGGGCAGCGGGGAGACAAGACCCGGCGACCUCGCGCAUCCCUCGAGCCGCCACGCGCUCUCGCCACCGGGCGGCGACGGGCCGCGGAGCCGGCGCGGCCAUGGCGACGGGCGGCCAGCAGAAGGAGAACACGCUGCUUCACCUCUUCGCCGGCGGGUGUGGAGGCACAGUUGGUGCUAUUUUCACUUGUCCACUAGAAGUCAUUAAGACACGGUUGCAGUCUUCAAGAUUAGCUCUCCGGACAGUCUACUAUCCUCAGGUUCAUCUGGGGACCAUUAGUGGAGCUGGAAUGGUGAGACCAACAUCCGUGACACCUGGACUGUUUCAGGUUCUGAAGUCGAUCUUGGAGAAGGAGGGACCAAAGUCACUUUUUAGAGGCUUGGGUCCAAAUUUGGUUGGAGUUGCACCAUCAAGGGCUGUAUACUUUGCAUGUUACUCCAAAGCCAAAGAGCAAUUUAAUGGCAUUUUCGUGCCUAACAGCAAUAUUGUGCAUAUUUUCUCAGCUGGCUCUGCAGCUUUUAUCACAAAUUCCUUAAUGAAUCCUAUAUGGAUGGUUAAAACCCGAAUGCAGCUAGAACAGAAAGUGAGGGGCUCUAAGCAGAUGAAUACACUCCAGUGUGCUCGUUACGUUUACCAGACCGAAGGCAUUCGUGGCUUCUAUAGAGGAUUAACUGCCUCGUAUGCUGGAAUUUCCGAAACUAUAAUCUGCUUUGCUAUUUAUGAAAGUUUAAAGAAGUAUCUGAAAGAAGCUCCAUUAGCCUCUCCUGCAAAUGGGACUGAGAAAAAUUCCACAAGUUUUUUUGGACUUAUGGCAGCUGCUGCUCUUUCUAAGGGCUGUGCCUCCUGCAUUGCUUAUCCACACGAAGUCAUAAGGACAAGACUCCGGGAAGAGGGCACCAAGUACAAGUCUUUUGUCCAGACGGCGCGCCUGGUGUUCCGGGAAGAAGGCUACCUCGCCUUUUAUAGAGGACUCUUUGCCCAGCUUAUCCGGCAGAUCCCAAAUACUGCCAUUGUGUUGUCUACUUAUGAGUUAAUUGUGUACCUGUUAGAAGACCGUACUCAGUAACAGGCCGGAAAAUUGUGCUCUAGAAGAAUAAAACUGAAAAACUCUAGAGAAUUUUUUUUCCCCAUUGACGUUUAGAAUGUUUGAGACUGAAACAGGAAAGGCCAUAAAAUAUCUGGUUCAUAUCACCUGUUGGACAUUUCCUUUUGGAUUCGUGCUUUCUGGAAGGUUUAAAUUCAUUAACGUUCAUAGUUAAUUAUAACUUUUUUUUUUAACUUAAGAGGAUUCAGGGUUAAGCACCAACUAAAUUAAAUCAUGCUAUUUAAUUUAAGUAUA